AUGUUACAGAGACCAAAGGCUGUUGUGAUCCUACAGCCUGAUAAACAGACAUUCAGAGGAGAGAUUGUCACUCUCAGAUGUCAAAUACAGGGAGAGAGAGACACUGACUGGGAAUACAGCUGGUAUACGAAUAGUUCUUCACUCAGUCCUGUCAGUAAAGAUCAGGAAUACAGAAUCAGUCCUGUUUCUGAGUCCCACAGUGGUGAAUACACCUGUAGAGGAAAACACAGAAGAGACUCACAGAACUCAGAGAUCAGUGAUGCUGUAACACUGACUGUCUCAUCAGGUCUGUCUCCUCCAGCCUCUCUGAUCAUCAGUCCCAACACAACUCAACACUUUACAUCUGAUUCUCUCUCACUGAGCUGUGAGGUACAGAGUGACUCUACUGGAUGGACAGUGAGACGAUACACAGAUGAUGGAGAGGUGUCAGACUGUUCAUCAGACUGGGGAUCAGUAACAGGAUCUACAUGCAGCAUCAGCUCCCUCCAGUCAUCAGACAGUGGAGUGUACUGGUGUCAGUCUGACUCUGGAGGGAACAGUAAUCCUCUCAACAUUACAGUGACAUAUGGUGCUGUGAUCCUGGAGAGUCCUGUCCAUCCUGUUACUGAGGGAGAUACUUUGACUCUGCGCUGUAGAUAUCGAAAUGCCUCAUCAGACCUCAUAGCUGAUUUCUAUAAAGAUGGAUUAGUCCUCCAAAGUCAGACUACAGGAGAGAUGACCAUCCCUACUGUCUCAAAGUCAGAUGAGGGUCUGUAUUGGUGUAAACACCCAGAGAGAGGAGAGUCACCAAAGAGCUGGAUC